GGCAGUCGCUCCAACACGCCGGUGUCCAGCGCUAAAAAGACAGGCCGGACCGCGUUCGCUUGCCGCAACCAAAAAAAUAUAUAAAAUAAUUUAAAAAAAACCCGGUACAUACAAAUCGUUUAGUUAAAAAAACGGUGCUGAUACAAAUACUUGUGCCGUUACGAGCUGGAAGAAUCAAUUUCCAGCGGAUGCGCCAAGCAGUGAAGUCUUCAGCGUGAACAGCGAGCGAGGAGCCCCCGAGGCGGAACACAGAUGAUCGGGUCAUUCUGGAACCUGUGCCGAGCGUGCCCUUCCAUGCCCGUCGAUAAGCUGCACUCAGAAUACCGCAGCACGUACAGAUGGCACGAAUUCAAAGAGCAGCAACAGGGCGUGGUGAAGCAACCGGCUCCCACACCACCCUCAGCAUUACCCAUCGCAAGGGGUCCAAUAGAGCCAGCCAUACCUCGUCGUAAGAAGUAUCCGGGCGUGGCCUACAAGACAAAUGAACUCUUCGAUCCUGUGCCUGCUGACGGGAUCAGACCUCAAGGAUCAGCGGCAGAUCGCGCCAGGAGCGCGCAAAGGAAUGACGCUGAUCGCGCUGGACGCCGUAGCAAGUCUGAGGGGCCCCGACAACCAAGAUGGACUGAUACAGUCGAACCUAAGGCCACCACAGCUCUGGGCGAGGUUGUGGUCGCUAAGGAGCCUGAUAUGGUGAGCACCGAGUACAGGAACCAAUUCGCUUGGCCCAAAGACGAUACCACACCUAGGAAGAGCAUCUCCAUGGGGGCCCUGAAGAAGGCUGCGGCUGCUGAAGGUUCAGUUGAGGUUGAGCCUCUCAUGAACCACGUGGAUGGUGACCACGACGAGGGCCAUAAACGAUAUAUCGAAGACUAUUUGUGGAACGGCCAGAAACCAGGGGUCCAAAGAAAAUCGACGUUCCGUAACGCGCUAUCGGCCCUCAUAUCCAACGGGGAGGAUCGUUCCAAAGAUAAUAGGAAACGUUACAAAAGCGAGUACAAAAAGAAAUUUAGACCGUUCUCUCAAUACGUGUAUGAGGCGUCUAAAGGGAAAUUUACAAAAUGCAGGGGUAAAGGGAAGUCGAAUGAGGAGGCGAGCGAGAGGAUGCUGGGGGAGAAUCAGGGUUCUGGGGAGGGGGGUCAGGGUGGGGGUGUGGAGGACAGUGCCAGUACAUUGCGGGCGGCCGGUCUGCAACCCCUGGGGCUGGCGCAAGGCGACUCUUGGUACAGGGAGGUUCUGGACUUGCGCAAGCGUGCCGGCGAGUACAAGUACCGCGGCUGGGGCACGGAACUGGCGCCAGAACACCUCACUCAGCUUUACAAUAAGCAAAUCGAGCUGUGGUACCAAGUGUCCCGCAGAUCAUCGCUGUCGGCAUUAUCACUCGCUUCCACCAAUCACAAGGUGCUGCCUCGAGACGAAAAAGACGGCAAAGAGUCCAAGAACCAAUCCCCUAAGAAGUUUAGAUCGUUCCGGUCGGCGCCCCACCAGUCAAUCCACGCAAAACUUCAGGAAACGAAGGCCCUGGAGCGUUCCCCUCACAAGACCUCGCCCCAGAAGCAAAGGAAGAAGUUACAGGGACACAGUUUCGAUGAGGGUGCUGCUUUAGAUGGAGUAAAGACCGGUGAGAAUUCGGCGUUCAAGUCGCCGCGGCGCCGCCCCCGCUCCGCGGACCCCGCCCCCGCGCAUCUCAAGCACGCGCCCAACGGACACGACGCGCGACCCAUCAAGCCGAGCGGUUUGCCGUUGAAUAAGGGGAGUAGUGAUAGAGUUAGGUCGACGACAAGGGGUGGGCGUUCACCAUCAGCGCCUUCAGGAAAAAUUGGGGCUGAUGGGGCCGAGGCCAAGGCUAACGGUGACCUGAGCGCCUCGGACAGAGGCCGCCGCAGCCGGAGCGUCUCUAAAAUCGGCAUAAAAUUGGAUGACGAAAUACCAUCGCACCGCAGCGCUUCGGUCGCUAAAGACCACUUCUUCGACGAUUCGCCCGUGGUCAAGUCUCCGCCUGAACCGACCCGGGUCAAAUCCCCGGAGCAGAUGAACAUGCGCUCCCCGGAUCCGGUCAACUGGACAGUGCCCCUGGACACCGGCAAAACGUUUACGGUGACGCAAAACGUUAAAAACGAUGAGAGCAUUAAGCGCCCUAGCUCUGAGUUUAAGAGUGGCUCCAUAGCCGAAGAGGGUGUCAUCGUGAAGCCGGCAGAAAUCGCUCCGAUCUAUCACCAGCAGAUGUCUCCGAUACGAUCGUUGAAGUUGAAAAGUGAGUCGCCGACUAGCCUUAGCAAACGCACCGAUAAGACCCCAACCACACCCGUCAGCCUCACUCCCAUUGACGAAACCAAGACCCUAGACAUGAACAAGGUCAACGGCUUCAAUGGGAUAACAAGCAACGAACUGACCCCCGAGACUCCAACGCAAGAGCCAAUUAAAGAGAAAGAAGUGAUUAAGAAACCUACUGAGGCAACUCAGGUAGCGCCGGGAGUGGUCGACACCACCGUUGUGAAUGAAGCACCAACUGCAGGAGGAGGUCUUACUGCUGCAGAGGUGUUAGAGCGCGCUCGCACAAGGUUCGACAAAUUCUGGGGCAAAAAAGAGGAAGACAAUGUUUAGUCAGGAUUAUAGAAUAACUUUCAACUGUA